ACUUUUUUGCAUGCUGUACUAUAUUUUGCUCUCCAGAAACUGUAACUUGUCCAUUUUGCUGAUGCGCGCUCAAUCAUGUUGUUAAUCCAAAUCAGACAAACAUCCACAGUUGGUGCAGCCGCUGCUCAUAAUAGAUUCCAGUGAAAACAGCCUUUGCUUCGUGGAUCAUGAAGGAAAUGACAUUCCGAGGUCACUAUGUCUGUCUAUGAUAAACCCGAAAACGCUCCGCAUGAAGGGCUAAUGGAAAACGCAAGAGAUACGGUUGAACGGACUGUUCGUUCAGAAAGGAAGAGGCGGGACUCGUUUGGGAUGUUCGAUGGCUAUGACAGCUGCAGUGAGGAUUCCAGCAGUAGCUCGAGCUCAGAGGACAGUGAUGAAGAGGUUCCCUCCCUCCCUGCCAGCCUGCCCAUCAUCAAGACCAACGGCCAGGUCUACACCUACCCCGAUGGGAAGGCAGGAAUGGCCACCUGUGAGAUGUGUGGGAUGGUGGGAGUGAGAGAUGCUUUCUACUCCAAAACCAAGCGCUUCUGCAGUGUAUCCUGUUCAAGGAGUUACUCAUCCAACUCUAAAAAAGCCAGCAUACUGGCCAGACUGCAGGGUAAACCACCAACGAAAAAGGCUAAAGUAUUACAGAAGCAGCCUCUCAUGGCGAAGUUGGCUGCCUAUGCCCAGUACCAAGCCAACCAACAGAAUCAAGUCAAGUCAAAAACAGUGAUUCCUGUGAAAGGCUUUGAUUGGGGACGCUACAUAGGCACCGGCGACAUUAACGGGGCACCUGUCGGCUGUUUCAAACACGUUCCCAUGGGAACUUCCUGGGGUGACCUUGCAGAAGGGGUGAGAGUAGAGGUGCCCAAUACAGACAGCGGCCUGCCAAUGAAGGUGUACUGGAUAGCAGGAGUUAUCAAAUUAGCAGGCUUUAAGGCACUGCUACGGUACGAGGGGUUUGAUGGCGACUCUGGCAGGGAUUUCUGGUGUAACAUCUGUGUCCCUGACAUCCACCCGGUGGGGUGGUGUGCAGCAGGAGGAAAGCCCCUGGUUCCUCCCAAGUCCAUUCAGCACAAGUGCACCAACUGGAAAGAGUUUCUUGUGAAAUGCCUAACAGGAGCAAAGACUCUACCUAUUGAUUUCUCCACCAAGGUGCAGCAGAGCAUGCAGUUCCCCUUUAAGAAGCUGAUGCGUGUGGAGGUGGUGGAUAAGACUCACCUGUGCCGGACGCGGGUGGCCCUGGUAGAGCAGGUGAUCGGAGGUCGGCUUCGGCUCGUCUACGAGGAGUGCGAGGACGGCUCCGACGACUUCUGGUGCCACAUGUACAGCCCACUGAUACACAGCAUCGGCUGGUCCCGCGGCAUUGGACACCGCUUCAAGAGAUCUGAUGUUUCAAAGAAACUUGAUGGCCAAGUAGAUGCCCCAGGACAGCUUUUUGCGAAGGUGAAGGAUGUUGACCAGAGCGGGGAGUGGUUUAAAGAUGGCAUGAAGCUGGAGGCUAUUGACCCUCUGAAUCUAUCAGCUAUUUGUGUUGCUACUGUCAGAAAGGUCUUGGCGGAUGGAUACCUCAUGAUUGGAAUUGAUGGUUCCGAGGCGGCUGAUGGUUCUGACUGGUUCUGCUAUCACUCCACCUCUCCCUCUAUCUUUCCUGCUGGAUUCUGUGAAAUCAACACAAUUGAACUCACCCCUCCACGUGGGUACACAAAACUCCCAUUCAGAUGGUUUGACUACCUCAGGGAAACGGGUUCAGUGGCAGCUCCGGUGAAGCUCUUUAACAAGGAAGUUCCAAACCAUGGGUUCCGCCCUGGCAUGAAGCUGGAGGCUGUGGACCUGAUGGAGCCCCGGCUGGUGUGUGUUGCCACAGUGACACGUAUUGUACAUAGACUGCUGCGCAUCCAUUUUGACGGCUGGGAGGACGAGUAUGAUCAGUGGGUGGACUGUGAAUCACCUGACCUCUACCCUGUGGGCUGGUGUCAGCUGACUGGCUACCAGCUACAGCCACCAGCUGUGCUCGCCUCUAGAGAGCUCCCUCCGAGUGUGACAAAGCAGAAGAAGAAAUCCCAGCAGUACAAAGGCCAAAAGAAAAAGAGGAAGAUCCCCAUUGGUAAGAGACCAGUGAGUUUGUCGGGGGUGGUAUUGAGUGGAGUGCCCCAGAGGAACCUUUCUGGAGAUGAGAACAUGACCCCGCCAGACUACCCAUCUCCUCCCACGCCAGCAUCUGCCUCUGGGACUGCACAGCCUCCCUCGGCAGCCCAGGAACUCAACCCCAAUGGAAAGCCAGGGGUGACGCUGCAGCUGAAGGAGGAGGAUCAGGAGGCAGACAAGUUCACCUUCCCGCAGGGCACAGCCUCCAACCUGGAGAGCAAUGGCUCCGGCGGCAGCUACUACAACAAGCAGGAGACCUGAGCCUCCGUGGGGCACUGCUGCAGGAGAGCCAGUCCUCUCCCUCCACAGCACCAGAGACCAUGGGCCCUGGGUGGCAUCCCCACAACAUUAACAUGGAAGGUCACCAGGGGGCUUCAAGCUGUGCCCAUAGAGACUUGGGACAGAGCGACUCAAAGACCAGUUCCAAACAGACAGCGCAAACGGGGAGAGGUGUGUAGAGAAUAAAGGGGAAAAGAGAGGUGCGUGAAUGACAAUAACUUUACGUUUCAGUUCAGUUUUUUGUACUUCAACAACAAAAUUAGAAGCUUUUUUACGAUUUUUUUCUAAUCCGAUAUCUUUUUGUGCAUCUCUCGUAUUCGUUACAUUGAGGUAGGGUAAUCUUUCGAUGGAUAAACUGUGUGAUGUUUGUGUAUAUAUAACAGGGUGUAUGUAUGUAUGUAUGUAUGUAUGUAGGUAUUGAAUGGACUAAACCUUACUGGUAUAAAACAAUCACUCAGAUAUAAAGUAGAAACACCACCAAUCAGCUUCAUACCAGUUCCGCACAUUCAACUAAGAUUUGAGCAGUUUACCACAUUCUCUGGAUCUUGCGUUCCAUUUGUGUGAUAGCCAAUAAUGACUUACAGCUAUCACUGGGACAUGACCAGGGAGAAUGUGGGAGAGCCCCAAAUCUUCAGUUGACCCUUUUCUAUCACUAUAUUUAACAUGCCUUAUUUAAAAUAUGUUUACAAAUAUUACUCCUCUUGGCCAGCUGAUUGCAGGCAAAUUUUUGUCAAAUCUAAACAAUUCUACUCUUAUGAAAAACAGGUCAUUCACUGUGGUAAUAUUUAGUUCUAUCACAGUUUAUUACACAAUGAUAUGCAAACCUUGACUCAUGUGUCAAGUAAUAGAGAUCUAUGUGAAAUGUUUUAUAUCUAACAUAUAGCAUUAUUCUACAUGAAUUAUGUCAUAAUUCAGAGCGAUACUAUAAAUAUGAGCAGAGGAAAUAUUCAAGUCACUGUAAUAUUCGGGCUGUGUUUCAUCAGUACCAUCAACAACAUGAGAAACGUUUUUAUCUGAAUAGAGAAUUUACUGUCUUUGUAAAAGAAACUUCAUAAUGCUGUUUGCUCUACCUCUUUUAGAACUUUUAAUGUAAUCUCCUGUUGCAAGGUUUUCAGAUUCUGGUCAAACCACACGUAUAGGUGACUUUUCAUUACAAUUUAAAUCACUUUGAUGGCUAUGUGUGCAUAUUUCCUAGUAAGUGAUUGGUAGGCCUGGGCUAAAUUGUCAUACUCACUGACUCAUGAUCAUACAUUUUAUUCAUAGGCCAUCCUUUCAUUGGAUAUAUUAAAUGAAUGUCAAUAUUGAUUUAUAAAACAAAAUAUCUCACAUUAAAUGUGUAUUUAUGAACAAAGUAUGCAGUAUAUAACAGAGCCAAUUUACAAACAUGAUAUGGUGAUUUAUUUUGUGCCAUAUGACAAAUUAAAGAGGGAUUAUAAUUUACAUACUAUAUAUACUAACGACUGCACUCCGUUGUCUUACUUUAUAUACCAGUAAGGUUGACAAUUUACUCUCAGGAAAUCUUAGCGUAUUGUAUUAUAGGCUUCUUCUUCGUUGUUAAGGUUAUUGAGAAUGGUGUUGUCAUUGGCUGUUGGCAUGCUGAAAUUAGACUUCAGAGAUUGAUGUGGUCAACAGUAUUAAUAAAAAUGUGUUUAGUCCAAGAUCGGUCUUAAAGUAAAUGUGUCACUUGGUAAACCAUCUCACUAAUGUAGAGAGACCUAUUUGAUGUGAUACAAGGUCCCAUUUUAAGUGGAUUUGUCAUAUAUUCUGUCUCUAGAGGUAGGAUUACCCUUCUGUGUGUCACUGUUUGAUAAUGUGUAGGUGUUUGUUUUGAACUUUUCUUUUUUUGCAAAAAUGUUCAGUUAAAUGUUAGCUCUGUCGAUUUGUCUUACUGUUGUUACUGUAUGUUUCAAUGUCUGGUCCUGAGUGAAACUCAAACUAGUAUUACAGUCUCAAUGAAAAUGUACAUUUUACAUGCUGGCUGGUGUAAACCAGCUCAGGUGACCUUGGUGAUGCCAAAGAUUGCCUAAGGUCACUGUCAAGCAAUAACGUCUUAUCACAGUACUCUCCUAACGCUACAUUUGACCCUAAAUGUCAUAAUAAUGAACAAGGUUUGACAGGCACACGGUAGCUAAAUAUAUGGUACAGAGGCAUAUCUGUUGCAAAUGCUCCCAAUUUCACCCUACAUUAGGUUUGGGAGACAGUGAGAUCAUAAGCUUUUAGCUGUACUUUCACUCAAACUUCAGACUGUGCAUCAAAGACCGAAUGGUGUAAAUAUACAUGACAUUAUGUUAAUAUAUGGCAUGACUGUUUUGAGGCGACAAACAUUGUCUCCGUCGUCCUUGUAACACAAAUGUUAGACACGAGAAUUCAUGGUAUUUGAAGGAAGAAAAAAAUAAACGCACAAAUGGACUCAAUAUAGGGCUACACUGUUCUGAUCAUGAUGUUCAUUGAUUUCAAAUGCAUUAUUUCAAUAUUAUAAUCAAUAUCAAAGAACCAGACUAUAGGGUGUUUGUUAAAACCAAAAUAUGUGCAUGCAGCAUCAUGUCCUCCUGUGCUUAACUAGUUGUUCUUGGUUUAUAUGUAACUGUUGGUCUUUGCACUAACACAGGUCUGUGUGUAUGUGUGCUUGUUUCUAUUGUGAAACCUGUUCAUCAUAUUGUCUUUUAUUCUGGUGCUAUAUACAUAUAUUUGAUAAAGUCAACCUUUUAAGAAUGAAAUGAUUUUCAGAAACUGUGACCAUAGUGGAGAAAUGCAGUUCUCUUAUCUUAGAUACAACUAUAAUGAAAGAUUUGUAAUGAAUUAACUGUCAAAACACAAAUCUUCCAAGUAUAUAGUUUUUGUUCCUUGGUUUCCAUGGUAAAUGUGCUGUGAACAAAAGUUUAGAGAAAUGUAUUUGAAGAUGGUUUACUUUCAUUUAAUAUUUUUAAUGAUUCUUGCAGCAUGUUUGUGGAAGCAUUCAUGUAAAAUAAAUGAUUCACAACUU